AUGUGUACUAACAAUUCACUAUGUGACCCUGAUGAUCCUGUAAACCCAAUACCAUCUCUUCAGUUAGAACGAAAAGAGCGAAUACUUAAAGGGGCAUUCCAACCAAAAUUAAAAAUGUAUCCCAGGACACAGUUUGGAAAUAGAGCACGGAGUUUCCAAAGUUCCUGGUAUGAUGAUUUUAGCUGGUUAGAAUAUAGUGUGAAACUUGACAGAGCAUUUUGUUUCGUAUGUCGGAUGUUUAAUACAGCUCCAGGGUUAAAUGCCGGACAAGUAGACUUUGCUUUUUCACAAAAAGGUUUUAAAAAUUGGAGUACUUCUACUACAAAAUUUAAAAAACACCAAAAUUCAAUCUCCCAUAAUUUUAGCAUGACAGCGUAUCAUAACUUUUCAAAUUGUAAACCAAUUGAUGUUACCUUGGAUGAAUCUAGAUUAGUAUCUAUUAGUGAAAGAGAAAAGCAGCGUUUGCACAAUCGUAACAUCAUGCAUCGAUUGAUAGAUAUUACUUUGUGUUUAGCUAAAAGUGGCAAACCAUUUAGAGGGCACUUAGAAAAAAGUUCAGAUGUGUGUAAGGGUUUAUUUUUAGAUAUUGUGGACAUUUUAAAAAAAUAUGAUUUAACUUUGCAAAAACAUUUGGAAAAAGGGCCGCAAAAUGCUAAGUACUUGAGCAACCAUAUACAAAAUGAUUUAUUGACUUCUAUCAACAAUGUAAUGAAACGAAGUAUUGAAAAAAAAAUAAACAAUCGCCUCGUCACGAUAAUGGCCGACGAAACUAGUGACGUGGGACACCAUGAACAGAUGGCUGUGGCUGUACGCUACUUUGAUGAAGAUUUAUGUAAGCCCGUUGAGCAAUUUAUUGGUAUUCAACGUUUGACUGCAGUAGAUGCUAAUACAAUAUUUAAUAGCUUAACAAACAAAAUUGCGCAGUUAAAUAUCAAUUGGACAUCGGUUAUAGCUGUAUGUUUUGAUGGAGCUUCAGCUAUGAGUGGAAAAUUUAAUAGUGUACAGUCUAAAGUCAAAGAAAUCAAUCCAUCUGCAAUGUAUGUUCACUGCUAUGGCCAUUGCCUAAAUCUGGUAUUGGUUGAUAGCUUAGGGAAUAAAAACCGGGUUGUUUUUGAUUUUUUUGGAUGUGUCCAGCUAAUUUACAGUUUCAUUGAAGGGAGUCCAGUGAGGCAUGCUGUUUUUGAAAAAAUUGUUAAUGAAACAAAUUCCAGAUUGAAAACUCUCAAAACACUUUCAACAACUAGAUGGGCAUGUCGUGCGGAAGCUGUUACAGCUGUAGAAAAAAACUUUUCUUCUGUUAUUCAGUGUCUUGAAGAAAUUUCUGAAAACACUAAAUAUUCAGAGGUGAGGGCUAAAGCAAAUGGUCUUAUCUGUCAAAUGAAAAAUUUCAACUUUAUUUUUGCAUUAUAUAUGUUAAAACCUAUAUUAAUACAAAUCCAAAUUGUCAGUGCUCAAUUACAAGCACCCAACUUGAAUUUAUUAGAUGCAGUAUCUAUUGUAAAUGCAUUGAAAAAAUCUAUUAGUGAGUUAAGAAACGACGAAGAUAACUAUUCUAAACUUUAUGAAAAAGUUCUUACUGAAGAUUGCUACAAAAAUUGA